CAGCUGGCUUAGAUGGCCUUUGGAUUCACUCCUUCUUACGAUCUUGGGUGUUAAAGUUCUGUAUAAUUGUUUGGGUCAGUGUGUGAUUUCGUCGUUUGUUGUUAGUUUUUCCAAAAUGUAUAUUAGAGCCAUGAAUUGUUUUCCCUUAUUGCUACUUUUAUUCGUUAGUUUUGUCAGUGGAAAAGAAGGAAUUAAGGUCAAAGCUGUCUAUGAUUAUGAUAAUAUGAGGUUCUUGGAGUAUAAAACAACUAAUGUCUUGGAAUGUAAUAUAACAGAGUUGCCUUCAGGUUCCGGACCAUCGAGUGAAUAUAUUUGGACUUGGCUUAAAGAUGAUAAGGUUAUGGAUUAUGGUGAAAAUAGCCAUUAUGCAUCUAACGAUAAUAAACUAAUCAUACAAAAAACAAAUGAAGAUGAUAUUCGACAGUAUAGUUGCUUACUUUCUAAGAAGAGUACACCUAAGAGCUAUGUGGCCAGAGCAGAUAUUAAGACCCUGGGUAUACCUACUGCAAAAAUACUCUCACAAGGAACAUUUAUUGAAGGUCAAAAGAUUACUUUAGAGUGUGUUGUUACAGGAAAUCCAACUCCGACAGUUGAAUGGCGUUUUGGGAAUUCUACAUUUACUUCAAGUACUGGAAGGAUAACUUUGUCAGAUAGCAAGAAUGUUCAGAAUGCUAUUUUACAAAUUGAUGAAGCUCAAAUGCUUGAUCGUGGUGAAUACUUGUGCAGUGCUCAUAACAUUGCUACCUCACAUCUUAAUGCUACUCGAGUAGCUGUUACCUUUGUCAGAGUUAAAGAUAAGUUAGCUGCUCUUUGGCCAUUUAUUGGGAUAUGUGCUGAAGUUGUGGUUCUUUGUGCUAUCAUAUUUAUUUAUGAAAGGAAGCGUAAUAAAGCUGAAUUGGAAGAGAGUGACACAGAUCAAAGUCCCGAACAGAAAAAUACUCCUGAUCAUGGCAAGGAAUCUGUUCGACAGAGAAAAUAAAGUAAAGAAGAUUGUGUAUCAAAACUUAGUUACAUGGCCUGUAAAAUUACUCUGUUGAAGUAAUUUUUGAAAAUGUUGAUUUUCCUAGGCUUAUUACACAUAAUUUGUCACUUAUUGUUUCAAACAUAAAAUUACUGUUGGAAUGUGGUUUUUUAAUUUAAUUUUAUUCUUUAUUUAUUUAAUGAAAUAUUGAUAUAGUCAUGUGUUAUCAAAAUUGAUUCAAAUAUGUGUUAUUUUACUCAUUUCCCAUUUGAAUAAGUUGAUGUGGAACUGUACUUUUUUAUUUUAAAAUAGAUUUAUAUACAGGUCAGUGGAAUCUUUUUUUUUAUUUCAUAAAUGCUUUUUGUUUAUAAUUAUCGUCAUUAAUCUUCUCUUAUUAACUAGUAUUUUCUUUUAAAAAUAUGGUUUAUAUUUGUUUAUUUAGUAAUUUCUGGAUAUAGUGUGAAUUUAGUUUCUAAACAAAUAAUUUUAUCUUUAACUUUAUGUUAGUUACCUAAUGUAACUUAUAAUUAUAUUAAUGUAACUAAUUUGUUAUAGAGUUUCCAUUGUUUUUAUUUUUAAUAAAAUAUGCUUCCAUUUUUAUUUUUAAAUGGGUUUCUAGUCAUAGUAUUUUUGGUUUAGUUUUUUUUUCUUCUAUUUUUUAAGUAAUCAAAGAUUUUGUUUGCCCCUUCUGUUGGCAGAAUAAGUAUCUAUAAUAAAAUACAUGAGUUAUCAUGAUAAUGAAGUUAUUGACUUUUAUUCCAAAAAUUAAUUCUUUUUAAUCUUAUGUAUGUUAGAACCAAAGAACUAUUAAUUUCAUAACUUAAGUUAUUUUUGCAACAGUAAUUUUUAACAAAGCAAUUAAAAAUUUAUCAUGAUUAUUGAUGUUAUUAUUCUAAUUUUUUUGUGUGCAGAAGGGAAUGCCUUAAUUUCCUAAUACUUACAUUCAGGCACAUUCUAAUACACAAUCCUUGGAAUUAUGAGUGUGGAUUAAGACAGUAAACAAAACCCAGAGUAUUAUUUUCAGCAAUAAUUCAGUUUUCUUUAUUCUUUACUAAAAUCAGUGAUUUUCUGUAUUUUUAAACUAAUGAUUUUUUAUUCCUACCUUUUAAUUAUGUAUCAUGUAAAAGUAAUUGAAAAAAAUGUCUAUACCUUGUUUCAAAUUAACAAUCUUUUAAAUAUUUAUUGUUAUUAGUCAUUUGUCUUAUUAUUCUUUUAUUAUACUAUUAAUUAGUAUUAUUUUCGUGUAUGUGAUAUAUCUUUUAACGCCAAUUAUUAUAUUGAUAUGUUGAUAAUUUUUAUAAAUUUUUAAUCCUGUUAACGUUGACGAUCAAAUAACAUACAAAUUAUGUUUGCUGUUUUAAUAUUUUCUUUUAAGUAUCUUACUAACCAACUUGAUCUGUAUACAUAUUAGUUUAUUUUGAAUUUGAUGUUGGAAAAUGAGCUUGUUGAAUACUUUGUGAUGGCACCAUAAAUGACUGUAUACCAUUAUAUUAAUUUAUAUGUUGAAUUAAACUGUUUGCUGUUCUUAAAUUCAUGAAACUAACAAGAUUGGACAGUGGCACAGUUAGAAUUCAUUAUUCAUUGCAUAAUUUUAUAAAGGGAUGUGUUUUUCUUGGAAUUUUAUUUUUUUAAUUUUAAAGCUUUUCAGAUUCUUACUGUGGUACUACAAUUUUGUUUCUUAUAUUAAAGUAUUUUUUAUCAAUAUCAAAAUAAGUAAUUAUUGUAAUGGUAUGUGUUUAUAUUAAUAUACUUGGAGCUCUUAAUGGUAAGUUAUUUUCAUUUUUAUGUAUGUGUAUGGUAAGCAUAGGUUCAAUUAACAUUUUUUAUAAUCUUGGCUUCAUCUGAUUUUCCAUACUAUAGCCAUCGUUGUUUCUUUAAUAUUUGAAUUAUCUACUUAUCUGUCUACUAUAAUAUAUAUUAUGAAAAUAUCCAAAAUAAUAUUUCUAAAAAUAAGCUAGUGUUUGUUCUAUGUACUAAAAAUUAUGUUGAUGGUUUAGUGGUCAUUUUUUAGCUCAAAUGCUCCUCAUUGAUAUAAUAAUAUAAAAUUGUUCAAAAUAACGUAAAGUAACUCCUUUUUAGUUACUAAUGGUGCCAUUAACAUUUUAUUUAAGUGCAUUAGUUUUAACACCAUAAUUUUUUAAUAUGGAACAUGUUUUUGUGACCAAUAACCCUUAGAAGUAUAUAUAAAAAAAAAAAUUAAAUAAGAGAAACUGCAGAAAUAAAAGAGGGCCAUCUAAAUUAUCUCAAAUUGUUCAAACUUUAAUUAAUAGAUCAAUUAAUCCCUGGAAACUUGAGCUCAUGUGUUAAGAAUUCAGGCUUAUUUUAAAAAUAAUUUACUGUAUAGGUGAAGGAAACGAAUUUUCAAAACAUGUUCCAUGUUUUCAGCUCAGGUUGAAGCCCUAAAGUACUUAAGAAAGUGGAGUAAGGAACAAGGAGAGUAAAACUCGUAUUGCGAGGCAGGAACUGUUGUUAUUUAUGUAUUACUACUUUCUCUAUUUUUGUGACCUAGAUAAGAAAAUCUUUCAUGAUUUAAUUAAAUGAUUGUUGAGGUUUGAUAAUCAUUCUGUUAAAUUUAUUUAUAUUUAAUAAUUUUGAGUACUUAUGUGGCUAAUUGAUAAUAAUUUCUUUUUAAUAGGGCUUUUUGUAUCAGUUUAUACUAUAAGUAUUCUGACUCACUUUUUAAAAAAACAUUCUGACAAAUUACUCAAAUUUAUGUAUGUUAUUUACUUCUAAAUACAUGUUAAAGUAUUUCCCAUUA